AUGGCGCGGCUGCGGUCCGGACCUAGGAGAACUGAAUUAACAGCUGAGUCUGAGAAUGCACAACGAACCAGAAGACAUUCAACAAGAUCCUCUGUUCCUGUGCAAAGCAUCGAGGAAGAUGAUAUUGCACCAGUGAGAAACUCACGUCCACGAUCGACGGCGCCGACCAAAUCCCAAGACAAAACCUCGUCAAACAAAGGCCGGGUUACACGAUCGAAUAAAGGAAAUACACCUCUUGCUGCUUUGCCUGCGGAUGGUUCACGAAAACGUCGCUCUGACAUCGGUGCAGUCCGGAAAAGGCCGUCCAAACGUCAGCGUAGCAGUAGUAACGAGCCUGCCGAAGAAGAGGCCCCCCUCCAGUCAGAUCAAGAGGUCGAGGAGGAAGUUGAUGAUAAGAACACUUCUCUUCCAAGGGAACUCUUUGAUACAAUCAAUGAGAACCUUGGCGUUAUCGAUGUGAAAAACAAGCUACCGAAGCUUCGACCCGGCACGAGUGUUGAGAAUGCUGUUGAGGACGACAGCAGAGCCGUUGCUCAUGUUGACCAUUCAGACGAGGCCGGUGCUGAAAAAACGAUCGUAGCCGCUAGUGGGGAACAAGACGAGAGUCAAGGUUCAGUUGGAAACUCGGCCGAGACAGAGGCUGAACAGGAACAGCAACAGCUUGAACCAAUUCAGUCAGAGGUACCUCAGUCAGCGCAACGACUUUCCCAGCCCGAUGCCUCCCAAAGAGAGCCUUUGCGACCUAAAAGACGAAAGGGAAAACGCCAAAGUAAAAAGGCUGCCUACGUUGAGCCCAACAAUGACGCCAGAGAUCCAUCACCGGAACACGGCCCAGAGGUUUCACAAGUCAAUCCAACACCGCCAACUGAAUCCAGGAAUACACAAUUCGAGAAGAGUGUAUACGAUCAUCCUGGAUCAGAUGAGGAGCGCCCGAGUCAAAUCGUACUAGGCAAGGGAUCACAGAAGGCAUCUGCGUCACCUGUUGGAGAUAGUCAAAAGACGAAGCGAGGCAGAAAAAGAAGCAGUCAAUCUAGUCGGCAAAGAGAUGAUGUUGCUAUGCCGCAGCAGGAGAAACAGCGGCAAUUAGAAAAAGGACAAGAGGAGGAACAAAGUGAAGAGCAAAGUGAAGGCGAAAGCCAACGGGACUUCGACUCCAGCGAUGACGAACCCGAGGUUGACCUAGAGUUCGAUGCAUCACAUCCAGCUGAAGACUCGCUUGUGAUCGAUGCGCCGCCUGACGGUUCACAAACAGAAGAUUCCAUACCUACCACUCGCUUGAAACGCGCAUACGUGCAAAAGCUUAUGUACGCAAUGACACUUGCGGGAUGGUUGAAAAGAAGACAAUGGGCGGGGGAUAUUCUAGAACAAGCCGAAGCUGCGAAGUCGGAUGACCGUGUGCUCUCAAGAAGAAUCCUGGCUCAACUCUUCGACAUGUACAAUUUAUGCAAGGGAAUUCCGCGAUCUCUAAAACUCGAUCAACUGGAGUAUCUGCGCGAACAUGCGACAAGGUUUAGUACCCUGAUCAGCAACCUUCGCCAGUCGAUUGAUCUAUUCAUUACCAACAUAAAUGCCAACAUGCGUGGGACCAGCGCAGGGCAUGUGAGCAUUGGCUUUAGAUCCGUUACGAAACUUCACAGACGCAUUAUACCUAUGUUGGUGCUGACGCUCGACACGACUUUCGAAGCUGGAUGCGAAGCUCUACUAGAAGGUGAAAAAGCUUCGCAGCAGACUGGGGAGUUCACGGUGCAUCUGUUAGAACCUCUAGAACGAGCCGCAGGUUGGGCUUAUAGACUCUCACAGGUGGUGAAUGGCUGGUACGAGCUGCAUCCUCCCAGGAGGGAACAUGACAAAGAGACCAAGGCAAAAGAGAACCGCGUCAUGUUCCAUGUUGCCGCAAUCGUGUUCCAAGAACGUCUUGAGAAAGCUAUGAGAGACCUUGACAAGCCCAAGGUGCCGCCAGAAGUAUUCAUGCAAAGAGACGAAGCUAUUCGACAAGAACGCGAGGCUGAAAAGGAGCGACGCCGGGAAGGCCAAGACCGUCAGAUGCAGCGCUUCCUUGACUCAAUUAAAAAUAUCAAGCCGACUGAACCACGAUUGAGGAUGAGGCCUUCCCAGCAAUCACUACUCGCUCCCUCCAGGACAAGCCAUACAACUCCUGCCGCAACUCAGCAGUCGGAGGCGGAGCUUUAUUACCAAAAGCAUGGAUGGCAUUUGUGGGAAGAUGAUCAGCUUCUUGGCUUGAUCAGGACCACGUCCGAUCCCAACUACGAGAACUUUCGACAGGUGCUCCCCAGUCGAAGCGCUGGUGAAAUGAGAGAGCGGUCGAGAUAUCUGAAAUUAGUCAUGCGCAACAAAUAUGAACGUAGAGGAGUCCGACCACCUGGAUGGUGUAUGGAGGAAAGUUGA